CUCAUUCUCUCCGCGGAAUCUUGAUCUUCUUUCUCCUUUCCAGGGACGGUCUUGCUUCGUCGUCGUCGUUUGAUUUUCAGUUACCUCAUUAUUUUGUCUGCCGUCUGCGAUAAGCCCUCCAAUAUUGCCAUUAAUUGAUUUUUUUUCCUUGUACGAUACUCAGAUGAGCGCAGGCUGGCCGAAGCUCAACAGUCGUACCGGACUAUAAUUCGUCACAAUGCCAGGGACAGUUGCAGAGGGGCCAACGGUGGCCAUGUCGUUUGCCAAUAAUUUCUGGGGAAAAGAAGAUGCUGGCGUCGGGCCUAUGAUAGAUCGAAUGCACAACGCGAAGACGUCUUGCGACGAGCUGAAGACGUUCUAUAACAUUCGAGCCGCUAUCGAAGAUGAAUACGCAAGAAAACUGUUGGCGCUCUGCCGCAAACCGCUUGGAUCGACUGAGAUAGGCUCGCUACGGGCAUCAUUCGAUACUGUCCGCGGUGAAACCGAAGCUAUCGCGAAGGCCCACGCAGCAAUUUCCACACAAAUGAAGAGAGAAUUGGAGGAGCCGCUGAUCGCUUUUGCGGGUGGAUCAAAAGAGCGCAGGAAGAUCAUUCAGAAUGGUAUCGAACGUCUUCUCAAAACUAAGAUACAGCAGACCCAUGUUGUCAACAAGACGAGAGAUCGAUAUGAACAAGAUUGUUUGAGGAUCAAGGGCUACUUGGCACAGGGCCACAUGGUCAUGGGCCAGGAGGAGCGCAAAAACAAAGCCAAGCUUGAAAAGACGCAAAUACAAUUAGCGUCUAGUAGCAGCGAGUACGAAGCGGCUAUCAAGAUUUUAGAAGAGACAACUGGACGUUGGAACAAGGAGUGGAAAUCCGCCUGCGAUAAGUUCCAAGACCUUGAGGAGGAGAGGCUCGAUUUCACCAAGAGUAGUCUUUGGACAUACGCAAACAUCGCAUCGACUGUUUGUGUUAGCGACGAUGCUUCCUGUGAGAAGAUUCGUCUUUCCCUGGAAGAUUGCGAGGUGGAGAAAGACAUCAUCAACUUCAUUAAGGAAAGGGGAACUGGGCAAGACAUUCCAGACCCACCAAAAUUCAUCAAUUUUUGUCGGGGUGGACUUGAUGACACUAGCUCGGAGGCAUCGGAGGAAGAAGGUUACUCUGUUGCACAGUUCCAGCGCACGAUCAAUCCAGCAUAUCGCAGUUCUUCACCGCAGCCUUCAACCUACGAGUCUCAUAUCGACCCGGAUGCUGAGAUCGCAGCCAAGGUCAACAGGCCUCAUACUCCCUCAAGCAGGGAAGGUACUGCCACCCCACAGAAGCCGCCGCCACAGCCAAGGCAACAAGCACCUCCUCAGCCUAUGCCGCAGCCAGUGCAGCAGUCAAUGCCGCAGCCGAUGCCACCGCCUGUCCAGCAACCCGUUCAACCGCCGCCGCCGGUGCAGCCAGUACAGCCAAUGCAGCCCCCACCUAUGCAACAGCCCGCUCCGUUGGAUCUCCGCCGUGGUGGAUACCUACCACCUAAUUAUGAUCCUAAUGAGCAUGGUGAAAUCGGUACUGUGCCACAUAACGCAUAUCCAACGGAUGGCAUGACGAUGUUCUGCCGAAAAGGUCCACCUUCGGAGCGCAGCUUAGGGACAAACAGCGCUUACAGACCGUCAAGCCGGGACUCCCAAAGCGAAGUAUCUAAUCCGACUUCGAUGUCAAGCCAAGAACCUUCAAGCGCCAGGCAGUCUCCAACCAAGCCCACCAACGGUGUCGCGCUCCCCGGUAUGGAUAAGCAGGUUCAAAAGAAGAGAAGUGCGUUUUUCAGCAACAGUCCUUUCAGACGCAAGAGCCGGCACGAUAAGGACCGCCAUUCAGGACCAGCUCAGGCCCCUCCUCGCAACACAUUUGAACCAGCAGCAAAACAGGCGAGCCCGGUCAAAGCUUCCCAGCCUCACCAGCCUAUCUCUGUUCCAGAUCCAGGCAGGGUUUCCGGUAGUCCUGAGCCUGUUGACCCAAGAGCCAAUUUCCAACUCAACGUGGGAAAUAAUGUGUUUGAUGUGGAAUCGCCAGACAAGAAUACCAAGAAGGUAGCCCAGGCAGGCAAGAAAACAGAGGAGGAGCAAGACCCUGUCGCCCGAGCCUUAGCAGAUCUUAAGGGAGCAGGGAAGCCAUCAGCGAUCCGGGUUUCCGCCGACAGAUAUCAUGGUAUCGCUACACCAGUUCCGCCAUCAGCUGCGGCAUCAACGGCCACCCCGGGCUCCGUGGCAACACCUCCUCCAGCGUAUAAUGAUUCAUCAUUGAAACGUCUUGAUGCGCCACAGCCCGCUUUCACCGCUGCUCAGAUGCAGAAAACAACUCAGAGGUACACCGGCCAAGCUCAAAGUAUGCUUAGGGGCACCAGCCAGGCUCCCAGGCGCAACAGUGGCCAAACACAGGAAGCUCCACGCGCCAAGUCGCCGGCUUCCAGGCGCAGCGCCAGCCCUCAGGUCAAUUCUCCUCGGGUGGACACGCGCAUGGGCCAGUAUAGUCGAACAGCAAGUCCAAGCCCAAGUUCCUACCAGUCAAAUAGCAUGAAAAGCCGAUAUGCACAAUCUCCAACCGUUUCCACGCCACCCCAGCGUCCUGUCGAUGCUGCUACACCCCGCUCUAGACGGGGCUCUGUGGCCACGGCAAUGCCUCGAGCAGUGUCUCCACAGCCUCAGUAUCGACAAUCUCCCACAGCGGCUGCUUCGCGAGCUGUUUCCCCUCAGCCGCAAUUCCGACAGCCUCCGCGAGCUGUGUCGCCUCAACCCCAGUUCCGACAGCCUCCGCGAGCUGUGUCGCCUCAACCCCAGUUCCGACAGCCUCCGCGAGCUGUGUCGCCUCAACCUCAGUUCCGACAACAAGCUCGUCCUUCAAGCGCUGGAGGCAUGGAGCUACAGUUGUCCAGUCAACCUGAUAUGUAUGGCGGCAGUCAAGAUGGCUAUGGAUCUCGGCGCGACAGCGGUAGACCCAUGUCCUAUUAUGGAGACAACGCCAGUGUGCGCAGCCGCUCGAGGAGCCGGUCGAUGGCUGUUGCCGAUCCUGGCAGACAGUUUAGUCGGGAUGGCAGACCCAUUUUACACUUUGCUCGAGCAAUGUACAGCUACACGGCCGCCAUCCCUGAGGAACUCGGCUUCAGCAAAGGCGACGUGCUUUCCGUCAUCCGGCUCCAAGACGAUGGUUGGUGGGAAGCCGAGAUCACGACCUCUCGAAGCCGGACCGGAUUGGUGCCGAGCAACUACUUACAGAUCAUCUAAAAUCAGCAGCUUUUUGAAGUUACGCAAUGACCCAUACCCUUACUAUGUUAUGAACAGUUUAUCCACCCAAAGGACAGAGAGUGCACCUUUAUCCUAAUUGAUGUGUUCAUGAUUUUGAUACCAGAUUGUGCCUAAUUUCUUUUGACGUCUCCGUUGCGGAUAUUCUCGUUCCUCUUCCUUCAGCACGUUUGCCUCACAAGCCAUGUAAUCACUCCUUUACCUACUUUGAUUCUCUCUAUUACUCUCCUUUUUAAGCCCUGUUGUUUGGCAUACGGUCCUUUCUGUUCUUGCGAUACCUACAUGUCAAUUUAAUAUGACUAUUGUCCUUCUUUUUUCUGUGGUUUGAAGUUCUGCGAUACGAUGUCGUUACCUGGAAUAUGAAAUUUUUCG